AUGGCAACACCAAAUACGUGGCUCAUUAUUGGGGCCUCCCGUGGCAUUGGCCUCGAAUUCGUGCGACACAAUGUCUCUCUCGGCCACCGCGUUAUAGCGACAGCACGCGGUUCUAGUAGUGCUCUAGACACCAUACGUCAGAAUGCGCCUGACCGGGUAAAAGUUCUGACUUGUGAUGUUUCUAGUAGCGAUGGUAUCAAUGAGUUUAUUGAGCAGUUUGUUCGAUCCGGGGAGAAAAAGAUUGACUAUGCAGUUAUCAAUGCUGGGAUUCUGGAAUAUCCAAAUAGAUCACUGGAAAUGUCCUUUGACCAUUUUGCCAAACAUCUACAUACCAAUACCGUGGGCCCCAUUAUUGUAGCGCAGAAAUUGCUGCAGUUGCGUGAUGUUGCCAUUGGAACAGUGGCUUUCAUGUCGAGCGACUCGGGAUCGACGGGAAAUUUCCUUGGUUUUGAGGAUGGAUUUGCUGCAUAUUCCGCAUCAAAAGCCGCUCUAAAUCAGGCUUUGCGUCACAUGGCCGAGGAGUUGAAAAGAAAAAAGAGCAAAACCAUCAUUCUGGCUCUGCAUCCGGGUGAAGUGGCAACCGACAUGGGCAAGAUUGAUAUUUCGUGGGACAUCGAUGGCGGCCAGAUAGCAGCUGAAGAUUCAGUCAACGGCAUGGUCCAGGUUAUCCAAAGUAAGACAAUUGAGCACACUGGGACAUUUUGGACGUGGGAAAACAAGAAUUACCCAUGGUAA